GCAAUUUUGAGAAGCAGUCAAGAAAGCACCAAGUCGUUACUUCGCUUAGUUGUGCAAUAUUGGGGAAAAAAAGACAGUAACAGCUGACAUGUCGGCAUUUGCGUGUAUUACCUGCUGGGUGGCUUUUGCUGAUGCUGAACUUCACCGUUCCCACUACAAAACAGACUGGCACAGAUACAAUCUCAAGCGAAGGGUUGCAGAAAUGGCGCCCGUGACUGCGGAAAACUUCCAACAGCGUGUAUUGGCCCAGAGAACCCUUAUAGAUGAGGAGGAAAAAGACACAUCAUCGGCGUGUGCCGUCUGUGGGAAACACUUCAGUACGAAGAGUCAGUACGAAAAUCACGUCCAGUCUAAAAAACACAAGGAAGCAGAGAAAAAACACCAGGCUAAAGUAGAGAGAGAAAUAUUGCAAAAGAAUAAGAAAAAUAAGGAAGAGGGACUUGUUGGUUCAGGUGAUCCAACGUCUAGUGAUAAAAAUACGGUAAACACGGAACUGAAGUCCAAAAUGGAUUCCGUAAAUGAAGAGAAGAAGAAGACUGCUGAAGAGAUGGAAGUAGAAGAGGACGAUGGUUCUGAUGCUGAAUCCUGGGACGAAAAUGAGCUGGGAAUCGAAGAAUGUUUGUUCUGUUCACAUAUCAGCUCCAGUAUGGAAGAAAAUGUGGACCACAUGACUGUCAAACACAGUUUCUUCAUUCCCGAUGCAGAGUUCGUCAGUGACCUUGAAGGCCUCAUUACCUACCUAGGUGAGAAGGUUGGUGUUGGUCGCGUCUGUCUGUGGUGUAAUGAGAAGGGCAAGUCAUUCCAUUCCACCAAAUCAGUCCAACAACACAUGCUGGACAAGGGUCACUGCAAGAUGUUACACGAAGGAGAUGUCAUUUUUGAAUAUGCAGAUUACUAUGAUUACAGAAGCAGCUAUCCGGACAGCGCUAACCCAGCGUCAGACACGGAGGGGGCCGUGGCAGAGAGACUAAAGGGGGAUGAUGAGGUGGAAACAGAACAGAUCCUCACAGAGGGAUAUGAGCUGGUUCUUCCAUCAGGUGCAACUAUUGGGCAUCGGUCACUGUUGAAGUACUACAGACAGAAUCUGCCGCCCACUCGUCCUGAAAGGAGAUCAGCAUUACCCAGAAUGCUGGCACAGUACAAAGCUCUUGGAUGGACUGGAGCAACAGGAGAGGUUGUUCAGAAGCGUGUUAAAGAUUUGGGAUUCAUGCAGAGACUGAAGCACAGGCAUUACAUGAAACUUGGGAUUAAAGCGAACAACCAACAGCAUCAUUUCCGCUUACAAAACCCAGUGUAGACUGACAUACAACAGGGCUGUUCCAACUCAUCGAAAACCCUGAGUGGAUGAAGAAUGAUAUUUUAAAACAUACCAAUGACAAAUGCCAUCACAGUCUUAAAAACAAACCUGUGUUAUCAUUGUUUGUAGAAAAAUGGUCAGCAAUGGUUCAUAUUGGAAAAAAAACUCCCUUAAGAUGAAUUUUCUUAAAGGGCCAUUUGCAGUUGUUGAUAAGCUUUCUCAUGAGAAAACAAACUUACACUAGAAAGGGUGGUGGGAAUUAAUUCUAGUCAUUUGGGGUUUUUUUAAAAAGGGGAAAAAAGGUGAUAAUAUACAUAGAAACAAUUCAGUUUUAGGAAUGGUAGGGAGUAGUAUUUGUAAGCUUGUGAAAAUGUUGACAGUUGUGAAUGACCCUUUAAGAAAAUGUAUCUUGGUGAAAAUACCAGUUAGUCUCUGUGUACUACACAAAUCAUAUCAAACAGCUGAUUUUUGCAGCUGUAGGUUCAUUUGUUAUCUUCUCUGAAUUCACAAACUUAAGAUCAUCUUUAAAAUGAUGACAUAUCUAUAAAAAAAAGAAAAAAAGAAAGUAAAACAUAUGACUAUAUAAAGUUCACAUUGUGACCAAAUUAUUAUGUACAGUGUGGUGGACUAUUAUUUAUCUUUGAUUGCUCACUUACAACAAUUAAAUACACCUACAUGUACAACAAUUCAUCGAAAUAUAGAUCCCUCCCCUUACCCAAAUCUGGGUAUUGUGUUGUUUAAUAUACUGUUAUUACCGGGUACUUUAUUUGGAAAGGAAUGAUUAUUACACUUACCCAUUGCCUUAUAAUUGUUUUUGAAUGUGAUGCAUUUGCAAUUAAAAUCUGUUUUAAAAUUGUCAAUGGUGUAAUAACACAUACAACAUUAUAUGCCAAACUGAAAAUAAAAUUGAAAUUAAAAAUG